CUUGUGCCUCCGCCUUUUCCACAGUUUCGCACCUCUCUGCAACUGUCAAAAUCUUUUCUGUCCUUCUCUCUCUUUCACUCACUCUCUCUCUCUCACACACGCUCACACUGUCCGAAAAAAAAAAAACCCUAAUCUCUCUCUCUCUCUCUCAACAUGUGCGCGCUCUCACACACUGUAAAACUCGGUCUCGCUGCUGCUGAUGGUGAUGAUGAGAGACUGAGUUGCCAUUAAAUUAAAGGUUUUGCUCAUUUGCUUUAUAUAUAAUCGUAGCUGCUGCGAGUGAGAGAAGUUUUGGUGGGAGUUUUUUUUUUUUUUUGGUUCUGGGUUCGAUCGGAGGAGUGAUGGUGAUGGCGGAGAAUGAUCAGGAAACGAGUGCGACCAUAUCGAAGUCCAAGUCAGCGUGGAAGACUCCGGCGGCGGCGGUGGCGAUGAAUGGCGACGAUGCUCCUCCUCCUUCUCCUGUAAUGAUUGGUGCCUCGCCUGAUUCUUGGCCAGCUCUUUCCGAUGCGGCCGCGGUGGCGGCGGCGGCUGGAGGAGCAGCCUCAAAGCCUGCUACGGUGGCUUCUCCACCUCCUCCACCUUUGCAGGCAUCAGUUGGGCAGCAUAAGUCACAUGGAUCUGGAAAUUUUAAUCCUUCACAUAAAAACUCAUCAUCUCGUCAUCAAAAAUCAGGCUCUAAACGCAACCCAAGUGGUGCUCAUCCUUUUCCUAUACCACUACCUUACCAUCAACCACCAAUGCCACCUGUUUUUCAUACUAUGGUUCCUCCACCUCACAUUGGGUAUGCAUACCCUCCUGGUCCAGGACGUUUCCCAACCGUUGAAACUCAUUUGGUGAAGUCUGGAUGUGAGACACCCCCUCAAUCUCUUGUUCCACCAGGUCAUGGCGUUGAUGCUAGUCGAAAUGUUCAGCCUCCACCCAAUGCCUAUGCUGUCAAUUUUUCUAAUAGAAGACCAAUCAUGCAAGAACCUGGUGGCCAUUUUAAUCAUGCCUGGCACCAUCAACGAGCAUUAAAUCCUAGAGACAACAUCCCAAUGCAACAGGGUAUUGGACCAAGGGCUUUUGGAGGGCCUCCAUUCUUUGGUCCAGCUCCAGGGUUCAUGGUUGGUUCUAGCUUCUAUGGGCCUGCACCUAUAUGCUAUGUUCCUGUUGCAGCUCCAGGCUCUAUUAGGGGACCUCAUCCUCCGCGCUUUAUUCAAUAUCCUAUUAAUCCAGGGGCUCCUGUGGUAUCCCAAGAGACAGUAGCUUUGAGGACUAAUAUAGUGAAACAAAUCGACUAUUAUUUCAGUGAUGAAAAUCUGCAGAAUGACCAGUACCUAAUUUCCCGUAUGGAUGAUCAGGGAUGGGUUCCAAUAUCCAUCAUUGCUGACUUUAAAAGGGUUAGGAAGAUGAGCACAGAUAUACCAUUUAUCCUUGAUGCACUGCAGACAUCUAGUACUGUUCAAGUGCAGGGUGACAAGAUACGGAAACGUGAUAAUUGGUUGAAGUGGAUUCCAUCUUCUAAAGAGAAUUCAUUGUCAUCGCAAGCUCAGACUCCCCAGGGCCAAUCUAUGGAGAAGGAUAUUGAUUCCUUUGUGAAUGGUGAUGCCAUCGAGAAUAAUGUGGGCAACAACUCUGAAGAAAAUGUUGAAUUUCCAUCAAAUGGUGGAAGUUUGGUGGAGCACUUACCGCCAAAUAGAGAAACUCCAGUCAUACCACUUAUUAGUGACACAGAACGUGACGACAUGAGUGCUAUUGUUAAUGGUGGAAAACAAGCAUUAGGCUGUGGAAGGGUCAAAUUCUCAGAUCGUGGCACCAGUUAUAGUCCACUAAACCGAGACCACUCACAAAGAGAGGAGCAUACAGAAUUUUCUGUUGAUGGGACUGAACGCAGGGAAAUGUCAUCAGAUAUGGCUGGUGACUUGUCAAACGAUUUUGCAAGCACAUUUAUGCUUGACGAAGAGAUAGAGCUCGAACAGAAGACAAUAAAGAAUGAUGAUCUUUUUUCUGCUAGAAGGAUUGAUGAGGAAGACGAUGAGAUGGUUGACAAUGAUCAGGACGUUCAGAGACUUGUAAUUGUCACCCAGAAUAGCAGGACAAGUCAAGAAACUAAAGGUCGUGGUAAAGAGUCCAAAUCCAUUUCCAAUGAGCUAGCUUCUGCAAUAAAUGAUGGUCUUUACUUCUAUGAGCAGGAACUGAAAACUAAGCGAUCUAGUCGUAGAAAGAAUAGCUCUAGUUUUGAGAAUAAAGAUGGAAACUCAAAAUUUCCAAGCAGUGCUUUCGGAGUCUCCAACCCAAAGGCUAGUGAUAAUUUUGCUGGAAGUGUUGUCCUUGAGGAGUCUGGAAAUGCUAAUUCUAGAAGGAAGCAACAUAAAGGCCUUCCCAGGCAGCUGUCCUCCCAUAAACAACGAUUUUUCUCCAGUAACUUCAGAAAUCAUGGAACUUCCCGAAACUCUAAUGGAAUCAUAUCGGAAAGUCCACCUAGUAAUUCGGUUGGAUUUUUCUUUAGUUCUACACCUCCUGAAAAUUAUGGCCCUAGGACUUCAAAGUUGAGUGGUUCACCACAUGGGAUUUUAUCUGGGAGUCCACCAGUGGGUUCCAUGCCAAAGUCAUUUCCACCAUUUCAGCAUCCAAGCCAUCAGCUUCUAGAAGAAAAUGGGUUUAAACAACAGAAGUACCUGAAGUUCUAUAAGCGGUGCCUGAGUGACAGAAAGAAGUUGGGAAUUGGUUGCAGUGAGGAAAUGAAUACACUUUACCGGUUUUGGUCAUAUUUUCUUAGAGACUUGUUUGUCCCUUCUAUGUAUAAUGAGUUCAGAAAAUUUGCACUGGAAGAUGCUGCUGCUAAUUAUUACUAUGGAAUGGAGUGCCUUUUCAGGUUCUACAGUUAUGGUUUGGAGAAGGAGUUUAGAGAGGACCUGUAUCAGGACUUUGAACAGCUUACGCUUGACUUCUACCACAAAGGCAAUCUUUAUGGCCUCGAAAAAUAUUGGGCAUUCCAUCAUUACGGCGGGCAACGUGACCGGAAAGAGCCCCUAAAGAGACAUCCAGAAUUGGAUAGGUUACUCAGGGAAGAAUAUUGUAGCUUGGGGGACUUUCGUGCUAAAGAGAAGGCCAAUGCUGUGAAAGAAGAGAGUCAUUAGCUAGCACUUGCACCAAUCAUAUGCCUUAGUGGCAUUGAAGCAUCACUGUCCCAGUUUUGGAAUAGAAUUCUUUCAACUUGACAAGGGAGUUGGAGUUAGCAGCCUAUUUUUGGUUUGGAAAUGAAGAAAAGAUGGUUGUCAUAUAUUGUAUGUUUGAUUGAGGCCGCUGACUGCAGAGUUUUUCUUUUGUUUAAGGUUUUUUUUUUUUGGCUCCUGGGUAUACAUGCAUUUUUGGGGUUGUAUGCAAAGCUUGGAGAGGUGCCUGUGCUUUUUCUCUACACAAAUCUCUUCUCUGGAUUGUAACUUGUACAGAAACGGAAAAGGAAAAAAACUGAAAAAAAGAAGGCUGUAGUUUAGACAUUUGUCAAAAUUGAAGAAUAAGAUAUUUGAGAAUUUAAUUUAUAAUCCUUUUCUUUUU